AUGGCUUUGCUAGAAGCAUUGGGAAAAGGUAUUCGCGUGUUCGAUCUCGCAGUCCCUAUGCAAGCCGGCAUGCCAGCAGCUCCAGCGAAUGUCCCCUUUUCGAUGGCCCUGUCGCGCCGCCAUGGCGAUUCAGAUGGAACAGGUCAAGGGGGCACUGCUUCCAACGCGGUGAUCAUUACGGGUGACCACGUCGGAACUCAUAUCGAUGCCCUUUCCCAUGUCGCCAGCAAAGGAGUUCUUUGUGGAGGAGUGGCGGUCUCCGAUGCAAUGCGAGGUGGGAAAUAUGUCAAGCUCGGCGCGGACACAAUAAAACCGAUGGUCUGCAGAGGCGUAUUCCUGGAUAUACCCGCACUGAAAGGAAAGACGCGGCUCGAUCCUGGCUACGGAGUCACCGACAGGGAUCUUCAAGAAGCAUUGGGAGACACACCCCUCAAUGAAGGAGACGUUGUUUUGAUACGGACAGGAUGGAUUCAACUAUACUCUGACCCAGUGGCGUUUCUCGGUCACAAUACAGGCACACCCGGCCCAGAUGCGAGCGGUGGAAGAUGGCUGGCAUCUCACAAAGUACGGGCGGCUGGUAGUGACACGAUCUCAUUUGAGCAGGUUGAACUUGGGCCCAGGUUCAGACAGAGACCCUGCCAUGGCAUCCUUCUGUGGGAAAACGGCAUCCAUAUCGUUGAAGUCUUGGACUUGGAAGAGUUGGCUCGCGAGCAGGUGAAGGAUUUCUUGUUCAUCUUGUCACCGCUGAAGCUGGUUGGCGCCACGGGAUCACCGGUGCGUCCGCUUGCAGUGGUUGCAGCAUAA